GCCAGACAACCAACCAGUCAUCGUUGCGAUUUCAUCCAAAGUGGACAGCUCGGGUUUCUGUACAGGCCGUGCUGUGUCAAUCCAGCAGCAGGGCUCCUCCACCAGAGUGAGAGCUGAAAGACAACCACAGCAGAAAGUAUGACGGGAGAAAGAAGAACAGCUACAUUUUUGUCUCUCCAUUGUUGCGGCUGUGUGCGUGACCGCGGCGCUGGGUUUGGUGUUUAGCGUGUAACACACACCCGUGUGCGAUUAUUUUGAUUUGACGUGUGUACGAAUACGCAACGUUGGGGGAGUGUGUGUGUGUGUGUUACGCUGUGUUUGUGAGAGGAUUUCAGUGUGCGGGGAGUUGCGGGAAGUGUCAAAAUCGACAGCAGACAGCAGAACGAACAACAAAAACAACACCAGCAGCAGUGCCGAUUCGCAGUAAAGCAAUCAAUCCCGGCACAAGUGGCAACUCUGACCGCAGUUUGUUGUUGUUGUUGGCCACCACCUCCACCGUCCGUCACUACACAUAUUACUACUGGUAUGUGUGUGUGUGUGUGCUACGAGACCGUAGUCUCCGCGUCACAACAACAGAACCAGUCAGCACCAGCUCCGCGGCAAUAAUAUGCUUCCAUGGAUGCGUGUGCAAAGCAGGAGAAGAUCCAUGAAGUCUUGGUCGUCUCGUCGCUAGAUGUCGUCGUGAGCGAUAUUCCGUGCCGUGUUUAGAGUUGUGUUGUGUGUGCGGUUUAAAGAUUGGAAUUUUGUGCAGAAAUUAAGGGUUUGUGCGGGGAUUCGUCGCGACUUUUUUUUGUGGAAGAACGAGGAAAAAGUUGGCAAUUAAUUGCGUGUGGGGAGAGGUGUUAAAGGGGAAGUGAAAAUGUAGACCACAAAGUGAAAUUUUCCGAAAACCCAUCCCUCAAUUAUCCAAAGUGAAAAUCGAAGAGGAGAGAUAUCGAAAUUAAGCGAAAAUCAUAAAAAAGUAAGCAGCGAGAGCAAAAAUUAAAGGAAAUAAGUGAAGAGUAAAGAAGGCGAGAAAAGAAAAGUAAAGAAGUAAAAAGUUGUGUUUGUGAGUGUGUUUAUCUCGCGUUUCUCUGUGUGUUAUUUGGGUUUUGUGUGCGCUCUCUGGAGAAGAUUAACGCCGAAAAGGAAAGCGCAAGAAGAAGUUCCAGCCGUGUGCGUGAGUGCGUCUGGCACGAGAAGAGAAGUGCAAACAGAGAACGGGUUGUGUUUUUUUUUCGGGGAUUUCCGCGUUCACCUUGGUGUGCGUGCGUGAGUGUGAAUAUCCCAACCAAAACCCAACAACAUAACAGAAGAGUUAUCAAAACGCCAAGAGUGAAAUCAGGCUGGAAUUUGCCCUGUCUCCGUGUGUCACCAAUACACCAACGUUGAGUUGCUGCUGCUGUGCCAGCAGAAUAACCGCGACCACGGUGGAUUACUUUGUCGUACGACGAGCAGUUGUGGAGCAGCCGGGACUAGUGGCGAUUCCGCUGCUGUUGCUGCUAAAACUGCUGCCUUAAUGGAUAACACCGGCCCAUCGUCUGGACCGCACGAAAGGUCACCGCUGCACCACCACAAUCGAACCUCGUCCCGGAACAAUCUCAACGGGAAUGCCACCCACCACCACCAACACCAGCAGCACCAGUCCCAGAACCGGCCCCAGACGCUCACGCCGACCCGGGACUCGCCGUCGAAGCCGUCGAUGUCGGGCCUGGUGCUGACCGUCAACAAGGAUGCCAACGGGUACGGCAUGAAGGUUUCCGGUGAUAAGCCGGUGUUUGUGGAGAGCGUGAAACCCGGUGGUGCCGCGCAGAAGGCCGGACUGAUGGCCGAGGAUAUGAUACUCAAGGUUAAUGGAACAAGCGUACGAUCCUCGACGCAUACGGAGGUGGUGGAGUUGAUCAAAGCUUCCGACAUUGUGGAACUGACGGUGCAGCGAAGUAACAACAAAAUGCAGCGGCCAUCGCCUUCGACGACGUCCAUCACGCCGACGACGCCAAUUGCGCCGCGAAACAGCAUCACCGCGCCCGUGCCCGUCGAUCACGCCAAACAGCGCGAGAUGGACAUCCAGCGGAUAACGACGCUCCGACUGAUGCUGGAACAGGAGCGGAAAAACCAGGAAAAUCUGCUCGCCCGCAAUAAGCUGUGCACGCCGGAGAUAAUACGGGCGGACGCGACAAUCAAGAAGCUGCAGGAGGAGAUCAGCCAGAUGUGCGGAGAGGACCCCUCCUUUCCACCAUUUUCAUCCUCCGCCACAUCACCACUACUUUUCCAACAACAACCGCCCUCCCACCACCAUCACCACCCCCAGCCCCCAAUGACCUCCACCCCCGCAUUCCUAUCCCGCUUCCCCCGGUCACUUUCGUCGCUGAGUUUGGGAACGAAAAAGAAAUCCACGUCCGAGAAGGACACCGGUUCGCCGAACAUCACCACUUCCGAGUGCCUCAGUCCCACCGGGGGAGGUGGACACGUUGGGCUGAACCACGGCGGCCCGUUUCCGGCCUCCGGAACGCCGACGAAGAAAAAGUACAGCAGUAGUAGCGUUUCGGAGCGGAACCAUAAGCAUCCGCAGCAGCAGCAGCAGGACACUCCGCCGCCGCUGCCGCAGCGAAACAUUCCAAAACGGUUGGACUCGUCGAUGGACUCGGUUGACACCGUUGGUACGCGGCGGAACAUCGUGGUGUCCGAUCUGGAUCAUUCCGUACUAGUAGGUGGCCCCGCCGGCAAUGGGGCCAGCAACAAGCAAUGCGUUAGCAAUAACAAUAACAAUAGUGUAAGUUCCGGAGGAGGUAGCAAAGCUAGUGGCAAGUCCAAACGGAAGAAAAAUGGAAGUAUGGCUUCCGAGGCAAAGGCCGAACCGACGACGAUGUACCACCACGGUACGGAACGGGGUGGCGAACUGCAGGCGGAACCUCCACCGCUGCCGCCACGACAACCCGGCAUGAUGGAGGUCAAUCAGAACAUAAUCCUAAACAAUGACAACGUUGCCGGCCCGUUCGGGACCGGUAACUGCACCACCACCAGCAGCAACAACAACAACAAUAAUAGCCGCGUUGGCAGUCCGGACGCUCGGCCACCACCGAACAGUAUUAACACGCUGAUGAGCUACCCGCUCGUUUCGACCAUAACGCCCGUCCGGGACAGCAUGGCGUCGGCGUUCCCCUUCUCGAACCGGCUCAACAUCGUGCAGCAAAUGCAGCAAGUCGCCGCCCUGAACGCGACUCCACCGUCGGCGCACAUCAACCAGUCGAUCAACAAGAAGCACCGCCGGAUAGUGUCCUCGCCGGAGAACAUCAACGCAAAGGAGUUUGGCGAUCAUUCGCUGGUGCCGCGUCACCAGAAGACCUCGUCCGACUCGUGGGACAAGCGCUCACAGGACAUUUCCCCGCCGGGAACACCCCCACCGCCCUACCCGUCCGGCUCGUCGAUGCUCGGCAGUGGUGUCGGUUUGCACCACGAUCACACCACUGCCGGAGACUUGGCAAUCGCGAGCGGAGCGCUGAACAUGCUGACCACGCAGAACCAGCUGGCGACGGGCGCUUCGGCGGCGUCCACCACGAUCAUGGCCGCCCAGCCAAACGUCGCCCAGAAGCCGAUCAUCUCGAUGGAGGAUGACGAAAUCUCCGACCAGGAGAGCUUCAUCGAGGAGAACGGGCCGUUCCGGUCGCUGUCGCAGCUGCUGGAGCCGGCCCACUCGGCACACCUGGCAGUAUUUCUUAACUUUGUACUUUCCAACUCGGAUCCGUCGCCCCUGCUGUUCUACCUGAUCACGUCCCUCUACAAAGAGGGCAGCGUCAAAGACAUGCGUAAGUGGGCGUACGAAAUCCACUCAACGUUCUUGGUUCCUGGAGCGCCCCUGCUCUGGUCCAACGUGGACGAGUCGCUGGCGCGCGAAAUCGACGACACUCUGCAGAAGGAGAACGACAAGGUCGAAUUCCUGCGGCGGGUGUUCCUCAAAAGCCGCAACAAGGCCCGCGACUACAUCAACAUCCAGCUGAAGGAGUUCCAGGUGAAGCGGACGGCGGGCCUCGGAACGAUGUACGGUCCAACCGACCAGCAGCUACAGAAUGCCAAAGGAGACAAAGUCAAAGAGCAGCGGAUAGUGGAGGAGACGUUGUUACCGAAAUUACAACAGUAUUUGAAGGAAAUCGACGACGGUUCGUCCAAGGAGUGUCCAAAGAAGCAAGCGCUCUGCUCGGCGCUAUCCACCGUGAUCCAGCGAUUCUUCGUAACGCGCUCGAACCCCAACAGCCCCGUCGACAAGGUGCACCACUUUGUGAGCCGCGAGAAAAGCUUCAAGAGCCGGCUGAUGGCGAAGAACCGCAAGCAGGACAUCCUCGGGCACAACCUGCGGCUGCAGCCGUACUUCGAGGUGACCCGUUGCAACCAUUGCCAGAACAUCCUCUGGGGUGUGAGCCCCCAAGGGUAUCACUGUUCGAAUUGCGAGCUCAACAUCCACCGGUUGUGUGCGAAGGACCUGAAGGAGGAGUGUCCCGGGCCGGCCCAGCUGAAGAACGCCGAAGGCAGCAAGAUUGGGAAGUUUAUCGACAAGCUGUCGACGCGGAAUCAUCAUCAAGCUGACAAAACGAGAAAGCAUGAUGAUGAUGGCGGUGGAGGCGGUGAGGACGGGUUCAGUAUCGACCGACCCAACAUUUCGCUGGUCCGGAAACCGUCGGACCGGAGGCAGGACCUCAGCAGCAGUUAUCUGGAAAAUACCAGCGCCCACUCGGACUACCUGAACAAUUCCACCGCUGAUCCGGAUACCUUCGCCGCGCAAGGUGUCGACCAUGAUCAGUUCAGAGAUAGUGUUAAAUCCAAGUCCGCUCCGGUAUCGGUUAACCGGUCCGAGUCGUACAAGGAGCGAUCGCAGAAGAAAACCAGAAACACUCGCCGAAAAACGUCCGACCCGAGUCUGACGAAAACGACUGACGAACAAAAUGAGGCCUCAUCGCUGAUCAACAACUAUUCCAGCAGUUCCACAUCUAGUCUUCCACUAGGCUUAGAAAGCAGAUCGACGUCCCUCGAGGCGGUCGCUCCGGUUGGUCCGGGGUCCUCGGCUGGUCCGGGAGGCCCCGGAGUAACGUCGGCGGCGGCGGCGGCGUCCUCAGCUUCCGUUCCAUGUCCGGCGGGCUCGGCGAACGUCUCGUUGGCCAACAGCUCGGCCCUGUUUAGUUCGCCCGGCGCGGCCAACCUGAGCGGAACCAGCAGCUACGGGCUGGGUUACGUGACGGCCCGCGAGUGGAACGACAGCGAGGACGAGGGCAACUUCGAGCCCGAGAUCGACUGGAGUUCCAACAUUGCGCCGGAAAUACUCGCCACCCUCUGUGAUGCUGAAAAGAAACGACAAGAAGUGAUAAAUGAAAUCUACCAAACCGAGCGCAACCACGUGCGAACGCUCCGGCUGCUGGAAGGCAUCUUCAUGAGGCCCAUGCAGGAAUCGGGCGCCCUGCCCGCGGAACUGUUGAUUCUGCUCUUUCCGCCGUCGCUGCGCCGCCUCCAAGAACUGCAUACCACCUUCGAGAGCACGCUGAAGGCGCGGAGGGCCGAGCACUGCCACGUGGUGCGCGAAAUCGGCGACCUGCUGACGCUGAUGUUCGACGGCCAGUCCGGUGACGACCUGAAGGAGCACGCGGCCUACUUUUGUGCCCGCCAGCAGAUCGCACUUGAGGCGCUGAAGGAGCGCCGGAAAAAGGACGAAGCCCUGCACCGACUGCUGAUGAAGGCCGAGUCGCACAAGGCCUGCCGGAGGUUGCAACUGAAGGAUCUGCUGCCGACGGUACUGCAGCGAUUGACCAAGUACCCGCUGCUGUUCGACAACCUGUACAACUUCACCGUGCGCGUCCACCCGGACAACGAGACGGAGGCGCAGGCGAUCAAGAAAGCGCUCGAGUCCUCCAAACGGAUACUGGACCACGUGAAUCAGGCGGUCCGGCAGGAGGAGGAUUCGCAUAAAUUAAUUACAAUCCAACGCAAAUUAGACAAAAGUGGUUUAGAUAAGGACGCUUCUAGUGAAUUUAGGAAUAUAGACUUAACUGUACGUAAGCUUAUCCACGAUGGGCCGUUAACGAUGAAGAAAAAUCCUGGAGUACAACUGCAUGGAUUGUUGUUUGAAGAUUUAAUGGUAUUGUUGCAAAAACAGGACGACAAAUACCUGCUAAAGUACCACUCUAGUCCGGGCAUCGGUGGCAACGAGAGCAAAAUCACCGAGGGCCGCUUCAACCCGAUCACGCGCAUCAACCUGAUACUGGUGCGGCAAAGCGCCGUCGACAAGAACACCUUCUUCCUGAUCAACACGAACGUGUCGCAGAUGCUGGAGCUGACGGCACCGAGCAGUUCCGAGUGCAAGACGUGGUUCAAGCACAUCUCGGACGCGGCCGACGCGUACAAAGCGCGCACCAAAGGCAGCCACGAGUACGCGGAGGACGCGACGGGAGCGGGCGCUGGUGCCGCCGGCCAUCCGCCGAAGGACAACUUUGAGACGGUGACCGAGUCCCAGAAGAUCGAACAGAUCUCGGCGACACCGCUCGAUCCGCGACUCGAGCGCAAGGACAGCAGCCAACAGUGUCGGGCCAUCAGCACGGGAGGCCCUGGCAGCGGUCCGAGCAUUGGCCACAGCACGUCGAACGCCUCGACCGGAAGUGCCGGCAGCAACAACAACAACGAAGACUCCCUGCCGAACAAGAACCGGGCGGCCGCGAACGAAAGCGAUGACAACAUGGAGAACGAGGAGAAGGAAAAGGUCAAGCGGAGAAGUCAGUUUGGCGGAUCGUCACAGGACGGCGGCGACGACGACCUGCAGAAGCCGCCGGUGGCGGACGGCGAUGAUGACCGGUCUGCGGGUCAUCACUAUCGGGGCCGAGGUCAGGGUUGUGCCCUGACGCAGCAGUGCUCGCUGGUUGCGCCGAGCGAAAUCCACGUGAGCGUGAGCAGCGCGCUGACCGCUGAGCCGAUAUUGACACCGACAGAAAAACUCCGCCGCCUGGAUCAGGCCAUCCGCAAGACGCUGGUCGAGAAGCAGCGCGUCGUCUGUGAUAUGUUCCGGGUGCCGGACGAGCACUUCCUGGCGAUUGCCGACAUCGCCGGCCAACCGGAAGCGCCCCAAAAGGAACCGACGGACAUCAUCCUGGCCGCGUUUGCCCACAUCCAGUCGCUGACGGACGUGCUGAACGAGCACAUGCGCGUUAGCCAGGGCCAGGAAGUGGCGGCGGUGUCCGGGGCGGGGGUUUGCGACGAGUGCCACCGGAAGGCCGGAGGUAAGACGACGGCUGUCCCCGCCGCGGAACUUAACGGAAUCGUGGCGGCGAGUGAGCAGUCGGUGACGAGUACAGGAGUUCCGCCGAUUGCGUCCGUACUGGACAAUGACCAGGUCGAGAUUACCGAAGACGAGGACGGUUACUGCGAGAUUGACGAAGUUAGAGCUGCGGCAGUUUUGCUUGAAUCUCAGCUAGCCGAAGCUGAAAAACUGAAGAAACUGGCAGCGGAGGCGGCCGAAAGCACCAACAACCUAGACGACAGCGAUGGACACAACAAGUCCGCGGACUCGCAUAUCGAGGUCGUUAACGAUAAUUACGACAGUACACAGCCGAACCUGGGCAUAGAUCUGUGCGGUCGGAACCGACUGCUGCACGCAUCCGCCCUGGCCCCGACCAUACCGUGCCAUCUGAUAGCGAGCUACGUGACUGGCCUGAACGCGCAGAUUUCACAGCUAUUGCCAAAAAUAAGCGAACGAGAUUUAGAGCGAGAAACGCUGAGAAGGGAGAAUCAGCAUUUACGGGAACUACUGAAUGCAAUGCAUCAGGAGAGAGUUUUAGAAUCGCAGGAAACUACGGAAGCCCCCGUAACUGACCCCGGAUCGCAGCCCCCACAACCGCAGCAAACCAACAAACCACAGCCACCGCCAACAGCUGAACUUGCAGCAGCACCUGCAACAACUGUUGCUGUCCCGGCAGACACCACAAUCUGCCCCAACAGCAGUAGCACAAGCAACAACACUGUAGUAAAUGAGUGAAUGUCGCAAAACGGCCUUAAAAGCAAACCCAAAUUUCGGACGACGCGAAUAAGCGCGUGGAGGAGCAUGUAAUGUUCCUCGAAACACCAACCACGGAUAGAGCAGGAGAACUAGAGCGUACACCAUUUGUGAGAAGAAAAUCAACCAAUCAAGCAAUUUCUAACUCUAAACAUUUUUGUGAGGAGGAGGUAGAAGGGGAAAAGUGUGUAUUAAAUUAUUUUCCGUUUCUUUUUUUAAGUGAUGUUAUUUUUUUCUGUUUUCUGUAAUUAUUUUUUGUUUAACAUUCUGCAAUAGCAUUUUUGCGCACUUUGGCGUAAUAAAUUAAAAUAAAGCUAAAUGAUUUUACUGCAACAAAACAGCUUUUCCCUUCGCAAGUAUACGCUUCUCUUGGGAAAUACAAAUGUGUGGCGAAUUACUAAAAUUACACAGUUUACCGGUUAUAUGUUGUUUAAGUUGAAAGAUUAUUUUUUAUAGGUGAAAACACGGUUGAUGAAAGAGUUUAGAAAGUGAGAGAAAGAAAGUGUAAGAAUGAGAGUUAUAUCAUUUAAUAAGUUAGGAACCUUUUUGUUUAUCAUUAUUUUAUCAUGACUCUUGCGAGAGAUUGAGAAAGAGAGAGAAAGAGCAAAAAUUGCGCGAGAUAGAACGGUCUAUUAUUUAUUGUACAUUUUCUUCCCAAAUUGCGUUUAAGAAACCAUAACCAAUAUAUAUAUUAAUAUAUAUCACUUAGAAGAAGUAAGCAAGAACAAAUUUAAAGAAACACACACACACAAACUCACUUAAUGAAAUCAGAUUAAAAAACAAUUGUGGAAAACAGAUCUUAUAGGACGGUAGUAAGUUGUAAAUAAGCCUAAAUUGCACUCAUUCUACGGAAAACAAUAGAAAAGAAAACUGUUUGAUGCAACGUAAA